ACGCUCACGGAGUGCGGCUGAAGCGGCGCGGGCUGUCUCUAGUGUUUAGAGCGGCUGUCUGAACGCGCGGUUUGAUUCGUUCUGCCUGGUUGACGCUCCAGCAGAUGACCAGACAUGGCGGGUCUUAGUGCUAUGGAAAAGAAGUUGGCGGAGUACAAAUGUAACACAAAUGAAGCGAUCAAACUAAAGUUAGUGCGAUUUCAAGAAGAUAUAGAAGAUGAGAGUAUGACUUUCAACCCAGAAUAUAGCCACCAGCUUUUUGGAGAUGAUGAGGUAGCGUUUGGAUACAAAGGUUUGCAGAUACAGUUGUACUACAGUGCUGGGAGCCUCUCGACCAUGUUCCGUGUCCUAUACAAAUCUAAAGUGAACGAUAAGUUUGAUUCUGUACAGGCGGAUGAUGUUGAAAGCAAAAUCCGUGAAAUAAUCCCUGCAGGGUUUUGUACUGGCACAGACGAUUUUGUAUCUUUCCUGGAAAAAGAAGUCAAUUUUAAGCCCUUUGGAACAAUAUUACAUACAUAUACUGUACACAAUGAAGAGGCAGGCGAAGAAUUUACAUAUCAAAUAACCAAGGCUGACAUAACAUGUCCUGGCUUCAAAGAGUACCAUGAGAGGCUCCAGACAUUUUUGAUGUGGUUUAUUGAAACGGCCAGCUAUAUUGAUGUGGAUGACGAUCGAUGGGACUACUUUCUAGUAUUUGAGAAAUAUAAUAAGGAUGGAGCAACGCUCUUCGCGACCGUAGGCUACAUGACAGUCUAUAAUUACUAUGUGUACCCAGACAAAACCCGGCCACGUGUAAGCCAAAUGCUGAUUUUGCCACCAUUUCAAGGUGAAGGGCAUGGAGCCCAGCUUUUGGAAACGGUUCAUAGAUAUUACAUAUCAUCUCCAAAUAUAUUGGAUAUGACAGCUGAAGAUCCGUCAGAAAGCUUUGUCCGUCUUCGAGACUAUGUCCUUGUUAAACUCUGUCAAGAUUUGCCGUGUUUUUCUGCUGAAAAACUCCAUCUCGGGUUCAGUAAAGAGAUGGUGACAGAAACUCAACAGAAACUCAAGAUAAAUAAGCAACAUGCAAGACGAGUAUAUGAAAUUCUUCGACUCCGUGCAACAGACCUGACUGAUCCUGAGAAAGCGAAGGCAUACAGAUUGGAUAUCAAGAAAAGGCUUGUUGGUCCAUACAAGAAAAACCAAAGGGAGCUGGCCAAGAUGAGGAGAUGUCUCCAACCAGAAGAACUAACCAACCAGAUGAACCAAAUAGAUCUAAAUACUCAGCAUGAGCACCUUGAGGAGAGCUAUCAACAGCUUAUAGCCGAGUACAGACGGACUGUGGAAAGGAUUGCCCAGGCAUGAAGCACCCACACAAUCUGUACAUAGUUUCUGAGCUCUGUCUAGAGUUAAGCCUUCAAGUUCUGAUUUCCCUGUUUUGUCACAAAAAUUGAGGUUACUGCUGUUACUAUUGUGUGAACUCUCUGACACCGCAAGCGCUUGGAACAUUCCAACAUCAAUCUGUUUGGAAAACCUACAAUAAGAGAUAUCUUCUUUUUGUCUUAGAGUGAAUUAACAACCUGAUUAAACAACUCACUUGGCACCCAGAUUGCCUCCCAGCUUCACUUAAAGUAACAUUGUUAUAAAGUAUUAUCAGGCCCAUUGCUAUGUUUAUCUUGUAGUCAAUGACCACUUUAAUAUCAGAAUGGUCGGUAUUAUGCUACAGGAUAUUAUAGAAAAUAUACUACACUAUACACUGUAGAAUAUAACGGUAUAUCACAUACAACAUACUACAGCAUAUAGUAUAGUAUCACACGCAAAUAACAUAAGGGGUGAGUCUAUGCUCGGGAGAUAAAGUAUAUCUGGCUUAUUAUGUGAAUGAGGGCAGAUACAUAUUUAAAAAAAACAGAAAACCUUACCAGUUCUAUUUUAUAUCAAAAUGUAAAUGUGCAUCUUUAGUGCCACUGCUUUUGCUGGUACUUUCUCUACAUUUCGGGGUUAUUCAAAAACCCCUAACCCAUAGUUUAUUUACCGGUUUAGAUGGUUUACUGUGUUUUAUUACAGUCUAUCAGCAUAUUGUUUACACAGUCUGUACCUAUCCAGUGGCACUUAAAGAUAAAAUAUGGAUUAAAGAGUAGCAAACAUU